AUGAAGCUCCUCACUGCCGUUGCUGGCUUGGUGGUCGCCGUCGAAAGUGCGGCUCUCGCUCCCUUGGGCUCUCAGUUCCAGAAUGCCCCCCAGUCAGUGCUGAGUCUAGGCGAAUCAAAUCCCUCGAAGCCGCCAAAUAUUCUCUUCGUGAUCACCGACGACCAGGACCUCGGGCUGGACUCGAUCUCCUAUACACCGCUGAUCGAGAAGCACCUGCGCCAAAAGGGCACCUUCUUCCGUAAUCACUUUGUGACAACCGCCCUCUGCUGCCCCUCGCGUGUUAGCUUGUGGACUGGUCGUCAGGCGCAUAACACGAAUGUCACGGACGUGAACCCGCCAUACGGGGGAUACCCCAAAUUUGUGGAAAGGGGAUUUAACGAUAAUUUCUUGCCUGUCUGGCUCCAGGAAGCGGGCUAUGACACCUACUACACGGGCAAGCUCUUCAAUGCUCACACGGUCGAGAAUUAUCACAGUCCCCAUGUCAAUGGCUUUAAUGGAUCCGAUUUCCUCAUGGAUCCAUAUACCUAUUCAUACAUGAACUCCACCUAUCAGCGACAUAAAGAGGCUCCCGUGAGCUAUGAAGGACGCCAUACGACGGAUGUCAUUACCGAGAAAGCCCUCGGCUUCCUCGAUGAUGCGUUGGACGGCGAGCGGCCAUUUUUCGUGGCCGUAGCGCCUGUCGCACCGCACUCUAAUGUCGAUCCGCGGAGUAUAGAGAAGGGCAAAGUUUUUAUGACCGCCCCUAUCCCCCUAGAGCGCCAUGCACACCUCUUCCAGGAUGUCAAGGUGCCUCGAACCCCCAAUUUCAAUCCCGACGAGCCGAGCGGGGCCAGUUGGAUUCGCAAUCUACCUCAGCAGAACCAGUCCCAGAUUGACUACAACGAUCAUUUCUACCGUUCUCGCCUGCGUGCUUUGCAGGGCGUGGAUGAGUUGGUCGACUCGCUGGUUUCCCGUCUGGAGGAGAGUGGCCAACUGGACAACACCUACAUUAUCUAUACUUCGGACAACGGGUUCCACAUCGGUCAACAUCGACUGCCACCGGGUAAGACUUGUGGCUUCGAGGAAGAUAUCCGUGUUCCCCUCUUCAUUCGGGGACCCGGGGUUCCAGAAGGCUAUGUACAGGAGUCGGUGACCACGCACAUUGAUCUAGCACCUACCAUCUUCAAUCUGGCAGGAAUUCCACCCCGGUCGGAUUUCGAUGGCACGGCCAUCCCUGUGGUACCUAAUUUUGGUGGAGCUCGGCACGAACACGUCACAGUGGAGUUCUGGGGAAGGGCUGUCAUGGAAGGUAUUCACAGCGAAAUUGGUCCCGGCGGAUCAACUAUGAUUGCAAACAACACAUAUAAAUCCGUCCGUCUUCUAGGAGAAGGGUAUAACCUCUAUUACUCGGUCUGGUGCAACAACGACCAUGAGCUCUACGAUCUUUCGGUAAGUCAUCAUAUGGAGGACAUCUAUGUUUUUAUCUGUCCCGCUAAUAAGCUCCUAGACGGAUCCCUAUCAAUUGCACAACCUGUAUCCCCCAGCAACCAGGAAGAUGGACCCCUUCUACUUGGUCGCAGCUUAACGCAGACUAUUAAUCGCCUUGAUGCGCUACUACUUGUGUUGAAGUCCUGCCAGGGGGUGACUUGUAUCGAUCCGUGGAAUGUUCUCCACCCAGAGGAGUCAGUCCGAAGCCUCCGAGAUGCUUUGAGCAAGGAGCACGACUUAUUCUAUCAAGUGCAGCCACGGGUAUCGUUUGACUGGUGUGAUGCAGGGUACGUUAUCGAAGCUGAAGGCCCUCAGGAGCCACUGACCAGUCGGUAUGGUGUCUCAUGGGAUGUUUGGGUAUAG